AUGGAGCUUCAAGCUAUCACUCAAGUGAUCUUUAGUUCAGUGUCACUGGCUCAGUAUUACUGCUUGGUAGAUUUUCUACGAGAGCUGCCGAUUUUUAUCUACACAAGAAUAUUAUACUAUCACAAUCCUACACAGUGUGGUACUCGAAUAAAUAUAGGAGAAUCUAUACCCGGCGUGGCAAAUCAAGCAUUUGUAUUGUUGAAUACCGAACCGUUCACAGUAUUUCGAACAUUUAUCAUCAAUUGCAUUUAUUUGGGCUUGGGUGUUCUGUGGCUUCUCGCCAGCGCUAUCAUUAUGACUGGUGGAUUAAAGAAUGAUUACUCCAAACCAAUUCGAUGGCCGUGGAUAAUGGUGACAGUCUGCAUAUGCGCUUCAGAUGUCGUUGCAAGUGUAAUAUUUGCUAACGAGUGGUUUUCAACAAGGACUUUCUCGGACAUAAUGGAAUACGUGGGCGCAACCGCAACUGGUUUGGGUGGUGCCACACUCGACACCUCUUUCACUGUGUGGUUCAUGGUCAUGCUCUACUCACGCUUCAUAAUCUUCUUUUUACUCAAUAUUCUUCUGAUUAUACUUGUGGCACUUAAUACAACGAAAGAGAUCAAGACCAAUACUUCUGUUGAAACUCCAUCACCUGUACUUCCUGUACAACCUGCACCGAUAAUACCAGUUACCACUCAUGAUGCUGGAGUUCAAAGUUCUCCCGAGGCUUCAUUGCAAGUAGCAAUCUCGGACGUUCCAGAAAUUACAUCCGUAUCUGACCGACCCAUGGCAACCGAAACAUUUCAACAAGGACCAAGACAUUCCUUUGUUCCUCUCUCAAAUAUAACUGAAGCCUCAAGUAAUUUAAGUAGUACAAAAGAGGAAAGGUCUAGUGUUCGUAAUGAUGAGAUUCGAAUAAUUCCACGUGCCGGUUUUAGUCAGGCAUUUCGACGUAUGAAGAAACUGCUUUUUGUAAAAAGUUCACCUCCUCCGAGACGUGUUUCUGUCACAAACUCUUUGGACCUAUCUCCUGAACAAUCUCCCCGAAUAAACAACGAGGAUGUCGAUAAAAAACGUGCUGUGAAUUUUCCUGAUAAUUUGCUAUCGUUGCCGCAGCGAUUAGAGAAUAUGAUAGCUGAGCAGCAGCGGCGCCUGGACCGCGCGGUAAUUGAUACAGCGGGCCGGACCUCGCCUCCUCGAGUUACACAAUCUUUGCCUCAAUUGAAUGAAUCCACUCAAAGUUCUAUGCCAGUUUUUAAUCGAGAACGCGGUACCGCUGCGGAGCUUCAAGGGCAAUUGCCUUGGGCUUACAUCCCUGCUUCUGCGCAUCCAAUGCGUGAUCAUCUUCCGCCUGACGAGGAAUUGCCGCCCGUCCCACUUCCCGACUAUACCGCUAUAGACACUCAUAGGAAGGCAUCCGUACACCGUGCAGCAUCAAGCUUAAGUUCCUUAACGCAGAAGAGGAAUUUCCUUUUGACGCAACAUAAAAAGUGUUAG